AUGAUAAUUCUUUUAUAAACCUAUAGACUCCAGAAUUAUAUUUAAAAAUUCCAUAAAUAUAUUGGUAUUAGAAGUAAAUAUUUGGAAGCAAAGUAUUAUCAAUAUGUUGUGAAUCAAGAAUUAAAGACCAUUUUAAAUUUUCUGGGGUUUAGUUUUCUGUAAAUUAAGUAGAUACAAAGGUUCGAACUAAGAUAUUUUAAUUUUUAAUUUACUUGGAUAAUUUUGACAAAACCCUCUUUAAAAAAAAGAGGAAGUUAUAUCACAAAUUAGUUUGCAUCCUGUGUAUUUCAUAUAAUAUUAAUUUGUUGGACAAGUGGGGCAAACUCCAUUAGUGGGUGUUUGGAAAUAGCAACUUGUGCAAUAUUAAAAUCCAGGACCAUUACAAUAGGAACAUGAUGGAAAACAUUUAAAAUUGGAUAUAUGCAAAUUUCUGAUUGAAACUUACCCAGUACCAGUAUUGAGUGAUGUAAACUAAAUCUAUUCAUAAUAAGAAGUUGAUAUUGUAAAAUUUACUGUUUUUACAUCAGCUUCUUUGUUAUCACAAAAUGCAUAAUUUAUUGGAUAAACUGAUGGUGAUUCAUACUAAUAUUAGUAUUCAAAUGAACCAUAUAUAAAUUUUACUACUUGA